AUGAGUCCUUUAUUGAACAUUGUAAUAUGUAUAGUAGAAUUUAUUAAUGUAAUAACAUUUCCUAUUUACUUACUCGUCAAAGCAAAUUCUUUAUUUCAUUCCAAUGCUCAUGUAUUUUAUAUAACUGGUUCAAUAUAUCUUGGUUUUUUCUUUCUACUUAAGCUUAUAAUAAUCAAACAAUCACAGCUUUCACCUGACAAGAAAUAUUUAUUUAAAUUGAACUUUAUUGCUUUAUCAUUUAGUGAUAUGGUUGGAAUUAUACUUCUUUAUUCUCAAAACAUGUAUUUUACCAAAGGAUUUAUUGCUAUUUAUUUACUGAUAAUGACAAGAUGCAUCGAUCCGAAUUCUUUUUGGAUUAAAGGUACGACGACAGAUAACGAUAAUAUUUCAAAUAUUGAUAAUACGUUUGAUAUCAAUGGUGCUCGUGAUUAUCGAUGA